AUGUAUUAUAAUAAUUCUAAAUACAAAUUUUUGUUUUGUAAUUCGCCAACACCACAUAAAGUUAUAGCAUUUGGAUCAGAAUCGGCAAUAAAACUUUUAAGUGAAAAUCAUCACUGGAAUGCUGAUGGAACAUUUCGUACAUCGCCAGCAUUCUUUAACCAAGCAUAUUACAUACAUGUAUGGGAUGAAUGUAGUAUGAAACCAAUAGUAUAUGCAUGUUGUGAAGAUAAAUCUCAAAGCGAUUUUGAAAAAGCUGCCAUUAAUGCAAUUAAUGAUGUAUUUCCACAAAUAUUAGUUAAGGGUUGUCAUUUUCACUACGCUCAGAAUGUAUGGAAAAAAGUUAAAAAAUAUGGUUUGCUAAAAUUAGCAAAACAAGAAAAUAUUCGUCGUCAGAUAGCUAAUAUUAUAAGUUUACCAUUAGUAUCAAAAGACCAAAUUCAAAUCAUUAUAGAUGCUCGUUUUUCAUUUGAUAUGUGGAAUCAUUUUGAUUCAGUUGGUGAACGGCCGCGUACAAAUAAUCACUUAGAAGGUUAUCAUAGACAACUAAAUGCACGCGUGCGAACGAAUCCGGAUCUCUGGACAUGGAUUAAUGAAGUUCGUUCAUCUGAAGAAUCUGUUAUGUGUCGUUAUGAACAAGAACAAGCUCAAAAACGUACAACAAGACCACGAAAAAUGAAAAACAUACGUGAUGAUGUGAAGCUUAAAUUAGCAAAAACAAAAUAUAUUGAAGAUAAAGACUUUGAUAGAUAUCAAAAAGUUUUAAGAGCUCUUUCUCAUCGGUAUAUAGAUGUUAUAAAAGACGCCGGAGAUUCAGCGUUUCAAAUCUACGUUAGUCUUGCUCUAAGCAUAAAUAUUGUUAUGGCAUUACUCAUGUGGUAUGUAAUAGCGAUUAUGUGGACAUAUCGACCAGAUUUGGGAACAUUGACGAUUGUGAUGGUUGUUUCUUGGGCAUUUAGCAGUAUGGUUUAUAUUUUUGUCGUAUCGAUUACAGCUGGUCUAUUAAAUUCAGUCACUCGGGGAUCUUUAACUUAUUUAUAUCAGUUACCAGCCACUGGCUGUUCGAUUAAUUACAAUGCACAAGUAAUGUAA